AACCAGCUGUGAGCAGCAUCUCGCCGAGGACGCACUGUGUUCUGCUGCCGUGCGUCGCAUUCUGCACAGACAACGUAGCCGAAAACAAACAGCGCCUUUCAGCCCAGGAGGAUAUACAAAGAUAACCAUUUUUUUUAACCAUUUUUUCCAUGUUGCGUCGCAUGUCAAAGAAUAUCCCUGCUACAUAUAUGUGGGGAUCUUCAUCGCGUUUGUAACACUGUCAUCCUGACUGACUGGAAGUUCUUCACAAGUCUGGAAGGGCGACACACUGGCACAGGGUGUGCAGACUUCUUUGUGCAGUCAGCCAAGCGAAUUGUCGUUAACAGAACAGUUACUAAAGUAAUUUGUGAGUUGACCUAUUUUCUGUUUUCCCAGAGCUAUUAAACCACGCACGGUGAAUGAGGCAUGCUUUGACCGUGUGUAAAUCCUUUAAAAAGGGGUUUGCACUGGUGAGGAGUGACACUAUUCAUGAUGAUUACACACAGCAAAGGAGUGUAAGUACACGGUUCUGCACAGUCUAAAGUCUGGUUAAUAAUGGAUGGAGGUGGACGCACGCGUCGAUGCACUUGGCUAAAGUAUCCUACGAGGGCUUCCCGGGACCUGAUGCACACAUACUUGGGAUUAAUUGUUGUGGUUCACCUGGUGCUCAUCGCCGAGGCCUCGGGGUCUCCAAAGCCCUGCGAGAAGGACUGCUUCUCGGGGAAGUGCAUCAACGGAUCGUGCGUGUGUGACCACGGAUGGGUCGGGGACCAGUGUCAGCAUUGUCAGGGGAGAUUCAAGCUGACGGAGCCGUCGGGAUCCCUCACAGAUGGACCAAUCAACUACAAGUACAAGACUAAGUGCACCUGGUUGAUAGAGGGCUAUCCUAACGCGGUUCUGCGGCUGCGCUUCAACCACUUUGCCACAGAGUGCAGCUGGGAUCACAUGUAUAUCUACGACGGAGACUCGGUCUUCUCCCCCAUGGUGGCCGUCUUCAGUGGCCUGGUAGUUCCGGACAGCGUGGGGAACGAGACGGUACCGGAGGUGGUGACCACGUCCGGCUACGCUCUGCUCCACUUCUUCAGCGAUGCCGCCUACAACCUGACCGGCUUCAACAUCGCCUACUCUAUAAACUCGUGUCCCAACAACUGCUCUGGCCACGGCCGCUGCAGCACGGCCAACUCCAUGUCGGGGCGGAUGUACUGUGAGUGUGAGGACUACUGGAAGGGCGAGGCGUGCCACGUGCCCUACUGCCGCCAGGACUGUGGCAGCCCGGGCCGCGGCUACUGCGACCUCACCGGGGAGAAGCUGUGUGUGUGCAAUGACAGCUGGCAGGGUCCAGACUGCUCUCUCCCCAUCCCGUCCACCGAGGCCUUCUGGGUGGUGCCCAGCGUGAAGCCCUCCCCCCAGUCCCUGGGCCGCGCCUCUCACCAGGCCCUGGUCCACUCCGGCCUCAUGUGGGUGGUGGGGGGCUACUCCUUCAACUACUCCUACUACCACAUGGUCAUCAAUUACAACCUGGAGACCAGCACGUGGGAAGCGGUGGCCGGCGGCAGUGGUCCACUGCCCCGAUACGGACACUCACUGGCGCUGCACCAGGGCGACAUUCACAUGUUUGGCGGGAAACUGGAGGGAGGGCCAUCCAACGUGACGGACGAGCUGUGGGUGUUCAACAUUCUCCAACGCACCUGGUCGCUACGCCAACCGGCCCCGCCCCCGCCGCACGCCCAGGAGGGCCACUCGGCCCACCUGGUGGAGCUGGCCAGCGGCGAGCCGGUCAUGCUGGUGUUCUUCGGGUACUCACCUAUCUACAGCUACAUCAGCAAGGUCCAGGAGUACAACCUGCGGUCCAACUCGUGGCAGGUGGUCUCUACCGGAGGGGCGGUGGUCCAGGGGGGCUACGGCCACAGCAGUGUGUACGACCGGGCCAGUGGCUACGUGUUCCUCCACGGGGGCUACAAGAGCCUGAGCAGCAGCAAGUACGGCCUGGUAGACCACCUGUACCGCUACCACGUCCACUCACGUACCUGGCUGAUCCUCAGGGAGAGUGGUCAGGCGAGGUACCUCCACUCUGCGGUGCUCGUCAGCGGCACAAUGCUGGUGUUCGGCGGGAACACUCACAACGACACGUCACUAAGCAACGGAGCCAAAUGCUUCUCUGCCGACUUCCUGGCCUAUGACAUAGCCUGCGAUAGCUGGAAAGUUCUCCCCAGGCCGGGUCUCCACAGGGAUGCCAACCGGUUUGGCCAUUCGGCUGUGGUGAAGAACGGCUCCGUGUUCAUCUUCGGGGGGUUCUCCGGGCUGCUUCUGAACGACUUGCUGGCCUACACCCCCCCCUCCUGCCUGGCAUGGGCUGACGCCGACGCCUGUGCCACCGCCGGGCCGGGAGUCCGCUGCCACUGGGUCAAAGGUCAAUGUGUCCCCUGGGAGCCCCACCUGGCCGCCGACGUGGUGCCCGCCCCCUUCUGCCCCCUGCGCCCGGAGAGCACAGACGAGCAGUGUUUCCGCUUCUCCGACUGCGCCAGCUGCACUGCCAACACGUGGUUAUGUCAGUGGUGUGAAGACAGGAAGUGCAUGUCUGCCUCCAGCAACUGCACCGUGCUAACUCUGGAGUUGGCGCGGCAGCAUGUGGGUGCCCUGGCUCUGGCCCCGCCCCCCUCCAUGCUGUCGGAGCAUCAGCUGAGCCUCUGGAAGCAUGGCGCCCGCAGGCGGGGACAUUCCAUUGUAGACACGUCCAGGUGCUCUCAGAAGGAGGAGCAGGAGUGCUCCCGCUCUGCAAACUGCAGGAGCUGCCUGCUCAACCUCAACUGUCAGUGGGACCAGCAACAGCAGGAGUGCCACGUCCUGCCAGGUCAGCUCUGCGGGGAGGACUGGCAGCACAUCGGGGAGGUCUGUCUGAGGAUCAACUCGAGCAGGGACAGCUACGACAAUGCCCAGCACUACUGUAAGAACCUGGGUGGAAACAUUGCCUCUCUGAUCACAGAGAAACAGGUGGACUUUGUCCUGGAGGAACUGCACAAAUAUCAUCUACAGGGCAAGACGCUGUCCCCCUGGGUGGGCCUGAGGAAGAUCAACGUGUCGUACUGGGGCUGGGAGGACUCAACCGCCUUCACCAACACCAGCCUGCGCUGGCUCCCCAGGGAGCCCAGCGACUCGGGCUUCUGCGCCUCCCUGGAGCGGGCGCACGCCGCCGGCCUCAAGGCCAACCCCUGCACCGCGCCCACCGACGGCCUCAUCUGCGAGAAGCCCGCCCUGAUUGCCCAGAGCCUGAGGUCGCGGUCCUGCCGGACGCCGUGCGCCCGCCGCUCCAGCUGUGCUAACUGCACCAGCCAGGGCAUGGAGUGCAUGUGGUGCAGCAGCACGCAGCGCUGCGUGGACUCCAGUGCCUACGUGGUGUCCUUCCCCUACGGACAGUGUUUGGAGUGGCAGACCCAGGACUGCGCUGCCCAGAACUGCUCGGGCCUGCGGACUUGCGGGGACUGCCUGGGUCAGGUUGAGUGUGGCUGGUGCCGUGACCCCAGCGACACAGGCCGGGGCGUCUGCAUGGAGGGCUCGUAUCGCGGGCCCCUGAAGCAGCUCACCCGGGCCGGGCCCCGCGACCGAGACAAGGAGCGUCCCGGGGACCGGGGCAUGGUGCUGGACCAGACCAUGUGCGCAGCGGACAGGGGGUUCAGCUGGUCAUUCAUCCAGUGUCCCGCAUGCCAGUGUAAUGGCCACAGCAGGUGUGUGAACAGCAGUGUGUGCGAGCAAUGCGGGAACCUCACUGCUGGGACCCACUGCCAGACCUGCAUGCCCGGUUACUAUGGCGACCCCACCAACGGGGGCAAGUGUAACGCAUGUAAGUGUAACAACCAUGCCAACAUGUGCGCCGUCAACACAGGGAAGUGCUUCUGCACCACAAAAGGCAUCAAGGGAGAGCAAUGCCAACUGUGUGACUCAGAAAACCGUUACCUAGGUAACCCCCUGCGUGGAACCUGUUAUUACAACCUGCUGAUCGACUACCAGUUUACCUUCAGCUUGCUUCAGGACGACGACCACCACUACACCGCCAUUAACUUCAUGGCUACCCCUGAACAGGCCAACAAGAACCUGGACAUGUCCAUCAACGCCUCCAACAACUUCAACCUGAACAUUACCUGGUCCUUGAGCUCCACAGCCGGGACCAUUUCCGGUGAGGAGAUGCCCAUCGUGGCCCGGAGCAACAUCAAGGAGCACCGCGACAGCUUCUCCUGUGAGAAGUUCAACUUCAGACACCACCACAACAUCACCUUCUACGUCUAUGUCUCCAACUUCAGCUGGCCUAUCAAGAUCCAGAUUGCCUUCUCCCAGCACAACAGCAUCAUGGAUCUGGUGCAGUUCUUUGUGACCUUCUUCAGCUGUUUCCUGUCCCUUCUGCUGGUGGCGGCCGUGGUCUGGAAGGUCAAACAGACGUGCUGGGCGUCGCGGCGACGAGAGCAGCUAAUGAGAGAGCGGCAGCAGAUGGCCAGCCGGCCCUUUGCCUCCGUCUCCAUGUUGAUCGAAGUGGGUGGGGAUCAGGAAGAGCUCCUGCAGUUCCUGCCUAAGCCCAUAGCUAUUGAACCAUGCUGGGGGAGCCGAGCCAGUGUCCUGACCGUCCUCCUCUACCUCCCAAGACUACCUUCAGGAAUACCUCCACCUGGACAAUCUGGCAUGGCCAUUGCCAGCGCCCUGGCGGACACGACCCAGCAGAGAGCCCUGGAGCUCAAGGACCGAGGCCUGAAGCACCGCAAGCACUACACAGGGCACCACCAGGGGACCUGUGUAUGAGCCCAGCGCCUCACCGGGACCCC